UGUGCAAUACGCUCUCUCCUUCAGUCCUUUUACCUCUGGACGCCAUUACGGCAUCAGUAGUGCCUUACUGCAAUCCAGAGAAAUCACACUGCUACCAUCAUGCCGAACUUCACGAUAGACCAGAUCCGUGGGAUCAUGGACAAAAAGAACAACAUUCGUAACAUGUCUGUUAUUGCUCAUGUUGACCAUGGAAAGUCCACCUUGACAGAUUCUUUGGUCAGCAAAGCUGGAAUUAUUGCAUCCGCAAAAGCUGGUGAAACAAGGUUUACAGACACCAGGAAAGAUGAACAAGAGCGUUGCAUUACUAUCAAGUCAACGGCCAUUUCUAUGUACUAUGAACUGUCAGACGCAGAUAUGGAAUUCAUCCAAGGUGAAAGUGACGGAAAGGGAUUCUUGAUCAAUCUCAUUGACUCACCAGGACAUGUGGAUUUUUCAUCAGAAGUUACAGCUGCUUUGCGUGUGACUGAUGGUGCUCUUGUUGUAGUGGACUGUGUCAGUGGUGUUUGUGUCCAGACUGAGACAGUGUUGCGGCAGGCCAUAGGUGAGCGCAUCAAGCCUGUGCUUUUUAUGAACAAAAUGGACCGUGCACUUCUAGAACUGCAGCUAGAAAUGGAAGAUCUUUACCAAACUCUCCAACGUAUUGUGGAGAGUACCAAUGUCAUCGUGGCAACUUAUUGUCCUGAGGAAAGUGGUCCUAUGGGGAAUAUACAGGUUUCUCCAGAGAAAGGUACUGUUGGUUUUGGUUCAGGACUCCAUGGCUGGGCCUUCACCCUUAAACAGUUUUCCGAGAUAUAUGCAGCUAAGUUCAAGCAACCACCCUCAAAGUUUAUGAAACGUCUUUGGGGUGACCAGUUUUUCAGUGCAAAAGAUAAAAAGUGGAACAAGACUGGUGGCGAUGGUUAUGUGCGUGGGUUCAAUCAGUUUGUACUUGACCCAAUUUACAAGGUAUUUGAUGCCAUCAUGAAUUUCAAGAAAGAGGAAACUGCAAAACUGUUGGAGAAGUUGAAUGUCAAGCUGACAGGUGAUGAUAAAGAUCUGGAAGGUAAACCAUUGUUAAAGAAGGUCAUGCAGAAAUGGCUGCCAGCUGGUGAUGCCUUGCUACAGAUGAUCACCAUCCACCUGCCAUCCCCAGUCACAGCUCAGAAGUACCGUGUGGAGUUGCUCUAUGAAGGACCUCAGGAUGAUCCAGUUGCCUUGGGAAUUAAGAACUGUGACCCACAAGCCCCCCUGUGUCUGUAUGUCUCCAAGAUGGUCCCAACUGUAGACAAAGGUCGCUUCUAUGCUUUUGGACGUGUGUUUUCAGGAAUUGUUGAAACAGGACAGAAAGUGCGCAUCAUGGGUCCAAAUUAUGUACCUGGAAAGAAGGAAGAUUUGUACAACAAAAGCAUUCAGAGGACAAUUUUGAUGAUGGGGCGCUAUAUUGAAGCCAUUGAAAAUGUUCCCUGUGGCAACAUUGUUGGUUUGGUUGGUGUCGAUCAGUUCUUGGUCAAAACUGGCACUAUUACGACCUAUGAACAUGCCCACAAUUUGAAGCAAAUGAAAUUCUCAGUGUCGCCAGUGGUUCGUGUUGCUGUCGAGGCUAAGAACCCAUCUGAUUUGCCGAAGUUGGUGGAAGGUCUCAAACGACUGGCUAAGUCUGAUCCUAUGGUGCAGUGUACAAUCGAGGAAAGUGGUGAACACAUUGUGGCAGGAGCUGGAGAAUUACAUUUGGAAAUCUGUUUGAAGGAUUUGGAGGAGGACCAUGCUUGUAUUCCCUUGAAGAAAUCAGAGCCAGUGGUAUCGUACCGUGAAACAGUUACAGCGGAGUCAAGUCAAACGUGCCUUUCAAAGUCGCCAAACAAGCACAAUCGUUUAUUCAUGACAGCUGAACCUUUCCCUGAUGGACUUGCUGAAGCUAUAGACAAAGGAGAUGUGCAUUCCAGACAAGAGAUAAAAGCCCGUGCCCGCUACUUGAGUGAUACCUUUGAUUGGGAUGUCACAGAGGCACGUAAAAUUUGGUGCUUUGGACCCGAGGGAACUGGUCCAAACAUGGUGAUUGACACAACCAAGGGAGUGCAAUAUCUGAAUGAAAUCAAGGAUAGUGUGGUAGCUGGAUUCCAGUGGGCUACCAAGGAAGGUCCCCUCUGUGAGGAGAACGUCCGCGGUGUGAGGUUUAAUAUCAAGGACGUCACUCUUCACACAGAUGCAAUUCACCGUGGUGGAGGGCAAAUUAUUCCUACAGCUCGUCGCUGUUUCCUAGCAUGCAUGUUGACUGGGCAGCCAAAUUUAUUGGAACCAGUUUACUUGUGUGAAAUCCAGUGUCCAGAAAGUGCUGUUGGAGGAAUCUACGGAGUACUAACUCGAAGACGAGGGCACGUCUUUGAAGAGAAUCAAGUUGCUGGAACCCCCAUGUUUCAAGUAAAAGCCUAUCUUCCCGUCAUGGAAUCAUUUGGUUUCACAGCAGACCUUCGUUCCAACACUGGUGGCCAAGCCUUCCCUCAGUGCGUAUUUGACCAUUGGCAACAAAUGACGGGUGGUGACCCCAGUGAUCCAGCUACGAAGCCCGGAACGAUUGUGGCUAAUACAAGGAAGAGAAAGGGUCUGCCAGAAGGAAUACCACCACUGGAUAGGUUCUUGGAUAAAUUGUAGGGUUUGGUCCUACUUCCAGAGGAAUCAUUUUCUGAAGUGUAACCAGCUGAGAAAGAAGGCUUACUAUCAAAAUAGCAAUAUUGUUGUAGUGCAUGUUAGUCGUCCAGUUUGCAAUUACAGGCAUCGCAAAAGAUGCUUUGGGAAUUUUUUAAAUGCUGUUUCCCAACAGCCGGAUAACUCAAUAAAAUGCAAUGUAGCUCUACUGGG